UUUGGGGGAGAGUGGCGCGGAGUGCAACGAUCAGCUGUCAUGGCUGUCACAAUCUUCGUGAAAUAAGAAGGCGGAUUCCUUCACCUAAAUAAUUCGUACCUAUGCGCCGUACUCAAAGAUGACAGCCGAUCCGUCGACUUUUUAACACUUCACGAUUUAUCUGAAAGAUGCUUCGAAUUUUUCAGUGCAACUUCUAUUACCGUAUCACCGAAUUUUACCAUCUAACAAUAAAUUAAUGUCCGAUUUAUUUAUGUAGAAAGUUUCUGAAAAAGAUAAAUUUAAUGAUCCCAUGGAUGCGUGAUCAAAUAGCAGAGGCCUGGCAUAACAGAAAGAGUUCAAGGACAGCCGACCGGCGGUCCUUGGCCCUUUCUUCUAUUAGCGCAGGCAAUCCUGCAAGCAACGACACCAUGCUUAUGCCAUUACCUACCUCACCUGAAAGUUUCUCCGUCAAUGUUAUCAGCAUAGAGGGCAAUAUAUUAGGUGUUACGGUGAAGCCAGACUUUACUGUAGAGAACAUUAAGAAAAUAGCAAUGAUACAUUUCUACGGCCAAGAUACUACUAAACCUAUCUCACGCUACCGCUUGGUUAAUUCAUCCAAAUUCAAACAGCUCGUAGAUGAGCAUUAUGUGGAUGAUGAGGAUAUCACUGAGUAUGACGAAUUGUUACUGGUGGAAAUUCGACCAACUAUUGUACAAGAGAACCUCUCAGACGAAGCUCUCCAAGGUCCAAAUCUAGAAGCAAUAGAUCGGGCUACGUGUAACUUACCUAGCCGAAAUAUAUCUAAACGUAUGCCACCUACAGAAUGCACCGCAAACUUCCCGAAUGAAAUCCGUAAGAUCCUGAUAACCCUGGUGCAAGCGUCCGCAAAGAUCCUGCUGUACAGUGCAGACGCUGGGAAAUUGUACGACAUUAUUAAGGAGAAACUCGAGGCCAGGUGUAAGCCCAUCAAUGACCCGAAAGUCGUGAAGACUCUUGUAGAAAUGGGCUAUCCACACAAGAAAGUUCUGAAAGCGUUGCGUCUUCGAAAAUCUAAUAUGACGGAAGCUCUGGAAUGGCUUAUAGAACAGGACGAUUCGGACGAGGAAGAAGAUGAAGAAAUGGAUCUGCCUAUGGGCACAACGGUGGAUGCAAGUGGCGCAGGACCAAGUACGUCAAUGAACACAAAGAAGAAGUCAUUAAAAGAGGCGUGUAUCGAGCUUUUCGAAGAAGAAAAUCAGGAUCAAACGGAGAAAAAUUUAGUGUACAUCGUAGAUUUGCUGUUGGAAAGUUUUCGACAAUACAAGAGAAUGGAAUUUAAGCCUAAUAAAAGGGUUUAUCAAUCACUUGUGGAGAUGGGUUUUAAGGAGAAGGAUAUCAUCGGGGCGUUAAAAAUUACCGGGAACGAUCAAUCUAAUGCCUGCGAAUGGUUGCUAGGUGGAAGAAGACGCAGUCUACAAGAUCUCGACGAAGGUAUGGAAAUCGACGGGCCGAUUUACAAAGCGAUUAUGAACAAUCCUCAUAUUCAGCUCAGCCUCACAAAUCCCAAGAUGUUGCUUGCAUAUAUAUCUAUGAUAGAAAGUCCCACAUCGACGAAUGUGUGGAUUAACGAUCCUGAGGUUUCACCUGUGCUUAGCCAGAUAUCCAGGACAUAUCACGCCGAGAAACACGCCAUCCAUAUGAAUCGUUACGCCUAGCGCUACUGUAAGACUUACUCGAGUCUCCGUGGAACAUCGAUAUUUUUCUAUAAAUUUACAAACAACUUUCGCAGAGAUUUACGGUACCAGUCGCAGACUUGGUGAUUACCUGUGACUAUCGGCUUGCACAUGAUUAUAGUUAUAUAUAAUUUUAAUUGUAUGUAAUUAUAAUUAUUGCCAGUUGAAAGGUACUACGUGUAAAAGUUUCCACAAGAUUUACAUCUUGCAUUACGCUAUCGUAUACUACGGAGAUUGCACAUAUGUUCUCUGUACGGAGAUCUCUAUAUAGAACGCUGAAAAAUUGCUUUUGACGUUGUACAAGUUACCUGUUAACAAUUGUUAGAGAAAAUGUGCUUUAAUAUAUACAAAAAGCAGCUGUUGUUC